AUGCACAUAGGGAACACAGGACAAAUUAAGGAUGCACAGAACAAAAUAGGGAACACAGGACAAAUUAAGGAUGCACAGAACAAAAUAGGGAACACAGGACAAAUUAAGGAUGCACAGAACAAAAUAGGGAACACAGAACAAAUUAAGGAUGCACAGAACAAAAUAGGGAACACAGGACAAACUAAGGAUGCACAGAACAAAUUAGGGAGCACAGGACAAAUUAGGGACUAUAAAUUCCUUCUGUCUAAAGGAGCAGUUCAGUGUAAAGAUGCAAACGGGAAUACACCUCUACACAUUGCUUGUAUCAGUGGAGAUGAAGCAACUAUUUCUUUACUUCUGGAUAAAUCAGCUUGUGCAGUACACAACCUAGAUGGGUAUCUACCUAUCCAUAUAGCAGCUGCAGCAGGAAAUAUAACAGCAGUCAGGUAG